UGAGCUGAAUAUUAGGCAAUAGUGUUUAACUUUUGUGUCUCAAAUAAGGUAGAUGUUCGUUUAUUUCUCAUGUAAUUGUCUGCCCAGUCCAGAGGCCCAGUAUCCUCCCAUCUCGUGGUUCCAGUGUCCCUUAGGGUGUUAUUCUUUUCUUCAUGGUUGGAGCUGGAUCACUGUCUUUUCCCAUGGAGAACCAAAAACAGUGGAAAGCAAGCAACUUCAUUUUUAAGGACAUGAAGCAAAAUUUGCACUUUUCAUUCUCAUACAUAUCCCAUUGGUUAAAACCUACUCAUAAGGCCACACCUAGCUACAGGGAGGCUGGGAAAUGUAGUCUUUGGGAGCACAGCUGGGAGAGGGGGCCUGUCCACUGCCUCCUAUCCUCACAAGCAGCUCAUCAUGGGAACAAGAGAAUAAACUGUUUGUCAUGGCUGUCAGUGCAGUACUGAGAGAGGCCUGCAGCCUGGCCUGGCCUGUAGGGCAUUUCUUGAGGAGCAGGGCCAGGCCCUGAGCCUUCUCAGGCUCAGGACUGAGAGGUGACACCCUAGCCUGGUCCAUGAAGGCACACUUGAGAUAUCAGUGCUGCUGUGCUUCUUGGAGGAGGUGGGACUUGAACUGGACCCAAGGGAUGCUGGAUAUUCAGAUGAGUGAAAGGAGGAAAGGUCAGGUGGAGUCACAUUACAGAGGACCUCGGAAUCCAAGCAAGCAAGGACACCACGGCUCCAAGACGGGAGCCAAGUUUUGUACCACAUUCAGGAUGUCUGCAAGGACACAACAGACCACCUCUGGAAGCUUGCAGGAGGUGAGUAUGUGUCAGUGGAGGCACUCAGUCCCUUCUGUACGAACUAAGGAACUCCACGGGGCAAUAAACUCUGAUUUCAGUAGUUUUAAAAGAAGCCUGGAUAAAUUAAGCAAUGACAGAAUCUGAUGAAUUUCUGAUGAGAGGAGCCCUGUUUGGGGAAAAGACCCUGGCUCCUCGAACAAGCUACUUUUUGGUGUUUCUGUGUGACCAAGUCCAGGCAGAUGGAGGAGGGCAGGCUUUGGGUCAGUAGGCUGUGCCGGAACGAGCAGAAGAGCCCUCUACAUGCCCUCCACAGGCCCUGCCUCCCCUCCUCCUAGCAGGCUGCUCAACUGUUACCAGGGCUGAUACUGUGCAGCUGCACACUAUUUUGGCCCGAUGGUUUUCUGCUGGAUAUGACCAGUGGCUGGGACAAUAUUGUAAAUAUCACCUGGUUAACAGACAUCUUCAAGCAGGAUUCACAUGAUUUCAAGAGACAUAAACCCAACAGGAACUAGUCUGGGCUAAAAGAAAAGUGUAUUGGGGCUCACACAGCAUGAUUGUGUGGGAAGGGCAGGGGUGACUACUUCAUUCAGUGCCCACCCAUCAGCCAGGAUUUCUCAAAAGGGGAAGAGUGGUGUCCAUUGCCCACCACACACCAAGAACUCUGGGGUCUACCACACUCUCAGAGACCUCACUUCAACUAGUCAGCUCUCUCCUAGGUUUUCUGUCUCUUUCAUCACUUCCCCCACCAAAUCACUUUCUCCAGGCUUAAAUUCUUGUCCCUCUGAUAGACUUCUUGAAAAAGUCUGCACUCCCACUCUUGCCUCUAUCCCACUUCAUUUCCUUCCUUACCUGUUCUCGCCAAGGUGACCUGUGCACUGAGCCCCAGGGACCCCCCAUCUGCCCACUAGUUCCCCCAUGGUGUUAGUGACUGCUUCACUCUAGCCACUCCUCCACUGUCUCCUCAGAGGUCAGGCAUUCCUGCUGUCUGUGUGCUGUGGAUCCUCAGCCCUUCCUCAAGCCUGAGUCCCCUCCUGAGCUCCAGGUCCACAUUUCCUGCUUCCUGCUCAGUGACCCCACAUGGGAUGACCCACAGGCACCUGUCCCUGCUUCCUGCAGCCCUCUGGCAUUCUCUGCACCCCUUUCACCUCCACCCCCACCUGGCAGUUCCUGUGUUGACCCUUCUCCAUUUUGUUCCUUACAGUGGAGCACCCACUGCUGCCCUGUUUCCCACAACUCCAACUAACUCCUUUCUGCUUUCACCCUAGACCACCGUGGCCAGGGGGUGGUGCCUUGCUGUGCUCCAACAGCACCUGAGCACUGAGCUCUAAACCUCUGUUUUCCCCACUGACUACAAGAGCUCCCAGACUGGAAUGAUGUCCUCUCCCCAAGGCAGAGAAUUAGCAGGAACUUACAGUGAACAAAUGGCUUUCUGUGUCCUGCUGAGGAUAGGAGGAUGAAUUCCAGAGUUUAUAGUCUGGAAGGGGACAGCAAACAUUCCUGAAAAGCUACGUAUGUUGCCAGAAAGGGCCCGGUGUUUCCCCUGGGAAGCUUAGUUCUGGUUUGGAUCUUUUGGCAAAAACCACAAAUUACAGAAAAAAAGGCAUCCCCAUUUCUCUUUUAAAAUAAACAUUCUGUAAAUACAAGUCAAAACUAAGCUUGUUUAUUAAAUUCAGUCAUGUUUACUAAACUACAAAGCAAAUGUUUUCUAAAAAUUACUUGGUUAACCCAUGCAUCUAGGAACAAAGCCUAUUUGGUUUUUUCCCCCUCAAAACAAUUUAACUGAAUACACUGAUUUCAGGUUCCUGCUAAAUAAGUAAAUUUGGAAAAUCACGUGUGCCCUCCUGCCUGGGCGGCUGAAUUCCAGGUGCCCAUGACCUACCAUGAUGCCUAUUAUGCCAUUCCCUCCCCCAUCUUUGCCACAGGAUUUGAUGCACCUGCGCUCCCAGUGACUGGGCCCCAUGAUGUCAAACCUGACCCAGGCCUUUGCAUUUGCUGUUCAGCUCAAUUGCAGAAAUUGGUUAUUAUUAACAGGCCUCUGCUGCCCUGCCCUUCCCCGCGCCCCCCCCCCCGCCCCCAGGCAAUAGAAAACUGAGCUGACCCACACUAAGUGUAGGUAAAGGGUUUGGAAUUCAGGAGAAAGUAGGUAAGGGGUUUGGAAUUUAGGGAAAAGGUUUAAUCAGAAAAAAGCUGCAGUCAGGUGAUUUCCUGAGCAUCCCUUCAUCUGCUGACCUGUGCUGAUUCUUUAUCUACAUCCUGGGCAGCUGACCUCUUCCUAGAGCACUGUGGCGGUGAUACCAUCUUGGUCACUUAUAGCUGUCCUGGGGCACAAAGGUCAAAUUGCUUGUGGGUCUCCUGAAGUCAGGGCAGGUCCAGUCAUACAUUCCAGUCCCUGGAACAAUAGCUUUUCUACAUGCAUUAAUUACCAAGCCUAUUAACUACAUAUCUAAAGCUAAAAAGUCUAUGUGGAGUAAGUUCCCCCUGAACUUAACUUCUUGAGUUCCCCAUCAGGAGCAGCCCUGCCAUGGCCAGCUCCAAGCUAGGCCUCUUGCUGCUGCUGCUGCUGCUGCUGCUGCCGCCCACCCAACCAGGACCCUCAAAGACUCAGCACUGGUCCCACAACUGGUACAGUGGAGGAAAGUGAGCCUCCAGCUCACCCCUGCACUGCCAGCAUCAAUGCCCUGGCUCUCCCCACACACACACACUCCAGGUGGAAAGUGUGCCCUGGGAGGGCAGGACCACAGGCCAGGAGACCCUCCAUACGAAGCAGUACCUGGUGCAGACACUGCUGGUAAGUAGAGUGAGAGGCCCCAGGCAUUGGCCACCAGGGGCCAUAGUGGCUAAGGACUGGGGGCUAUGUGAGUGGAAGAUGGGGUAGACAGCACUGAGACACCCCUACCACAGCACCCCCAGCUGUUAGUGCCCCCUGCUUCUUACAAGCAGGGUGCUGUCUGCUAUUCUAUUUCCCAGAACUCUAAACAAUUUAUAAGAUACUUAUGUUAAAUUUAAAGAUUGGAAGUCACUAAUGGGGUAGGAAAUAAUUGUACUGCACUAAGAAACCUCCAUAAGUAAGGCAGUGACUGCAGUGGGGUCCCCCAGGCUUGUUUCCUAGGGAAACCAUUGUGUUCCCCGGCCAGCAGAAAGAGGUGAGAGGUGGGAGGGACCUCACACUGACAGGUAGCAAGGCCUGGAGGACCAGGUAGUCACUGACAUGGCACUAGAAAUGGUAGCGAUUGCAGAGUCCUCCGAAGCCCUAGCAGAACACAGGUGUGUGGAGAUGGAUUAUUACUAUUUUGCACAUAGUAUUUAAAAGUGCACCAGGAGAGCACGGUAAUUAAAGGAGGAAGUAGUAAGUAGAUUCCUAUACGGCAAAACCUUAUCGCCUAAUUUAAAUCCAUGUGAGCUCAG